UCCCCGCUUCCAUAACGCGCACAAACACAAACACACAAACACACAAAAACACAAAAACACAUUAGCCCAGCCUCUUCCAUCUUCAACCUCUGUUCUUGGCAAAAAUGAAGCUCGGCUUUGCAACCUUCCUGCUUGUUUGUCUUCUUCUCAGCUCCUCUGUAUUUGAGGCUACAAUGGCUGGUUCAUCUUUCUGUGACUCCAAGUGUGGGGUGAGAUGUUCGAAAGCCGGAUAUCAGGAGCGGUGCUUGAAGUACUGUGGAAUCUGUUGUGAGAAAUGCCACUGCGUUCCAUCUGGGACUUACGGAAACAAGGACGAGUGCCCUUGCUACAGAGACCUCAAAAACUCCAAGGGCAACCCCAAAUGCCCUUAAUUUACCACUCCCCAAAUCUUAAUUGAUUUCGGACCCAUAAAACCCCACAAAAAAAAGAUAUUAACAAAAGUUGAUAUUGCAUUAUAUAUAAAUAUGCUAAGUAAGUACUCUCUUCAAUUCAGGGUGUAUAUCAUAUGUAUAAAGAACUAGUUAUACGGGUAUAUAUAUUGUCUAGUCUUUGUGUUCAAUUUAUAAAUGUAAUACAUCGCUUCCUUUAAAAAAAAAAAAAAUAGUUAUGUCAUACAAAGUUAAGUGAAUAAGUGGAGGCCCGUACGUGAUGUUGUAAUAAAAAUCUUUAUUAUAUUAUAAUUAUAUAUUAUGAUUAUGGUGGAUUUGUUAU